AUGAAGAGUGUUGGAAAGAACAAACAAGGAAAACUGGCUCAACAAUUCUCGUCGCAAAGUCACAAGGCUUCUCUAGCAGCAUACUGCCACUACUUAAAGAAGACGAAACGUGUGGACAUCCAACUGGAUAAAGCAAAAAGGGCCGCACAAAUCCAGGAAGCCGAAGACCUUGAAUACAACCGUAAAGUCAUCCACAUCCUUUUGGACAUCGCAAGAACACUUGCCCGGCAAGCUCUUCCAUUCAGGGGUGACAGUAACGAAGAAGGCAACUUUUACCAGUUGGUCCUAUUGGUUAGUAGACAUGUCCCAAGUCUUCGUCGGUGGAUAACUGUCAAAAGGAUGAAUCCCUACCACGCCACCUAUUUGAGUCCUCAGUCGCAGAACGAGUUCAUCGCUUUACUCGAAGCAGAACUGAGAGAAAAAGUUGUGGAAGAAGUAAAGAGUGCAGGGAUGUUUUCUGUGAUGGCAGACACAACUCCUGACGAAGAGCACACGGACAGACUUUCUGUUGUUAGGUACGUCAGUGACGCGGGAAAGCCGACCGAAAGGCUGCUUGAUGUAAGAGAGACUCCUGAUAAGACAGGUCUUGGUCAAGCGAAAGACAUCCUAUCUACGAUAGAGCAGUGUGGGGUGGAUACCGAUGACCUAUGCUUUCAAUCAUACGACUUUGCAGCCGCCAUGUCUGGUGAGUUCAAUGGUGCUCAGCAGAAACUGUCCGAAAUUUGUUGGUCGUGA